UCGUUCGCCUCCCCUCCCAAAUUUCCAAUCCCCCUCCUCUCCCCUCGCGCCUACUCGUCGAGUUGGCCCUCCAGCGUCCUCCCCAAGAACCAAGAAGCGGGCGGGCGGGCCUCCCGAUCGGACAGGCGCACGCGGCCGCAGCCAUGGUGCCGUCGUGGUGCCGGGGCCUUCGCCUCCUCUUCGUGGCGUCCCUGCUCGUCCUCUCCGUUGCCGCGCUGCACCCGCCGCCCGAGCCGUCCGCAGCCGACCCGCUGCUGGCCCGCAUGUGCGACCCGCGCAGCGCGCACCCGGCGCCGGCCUCCUGGUGCCACGGCCUGCACCUCAGGCGCCGCGGCGGGGCCGUGGGGCAUCAUCGCCGCCACAACCACAACCACCACCACCGGCCUGAGCCGGUGCCGCUGCCUCCUCCGGGACGCGGCGGCGGGGAGGAGAUCGACGUGCGCUACGGCGUCGCCAAGCGGCUCGUGCCGACGGGGCCCAACCCGCUGCACAACUGAUGAGACGACGACGACGACGCGGCGCGGUCGGUUCGUGGUUUCUUGGACGCCGAGUUCCUGGCGCGGAAGGAGCAGCGCCAUGCAAGCGCCGCCCGUCGGCCUCUCUUGUCCCUGCUUUCCGGCCCGGCGGAAAGGACUUACAAUGGAGGCCCGAUCGACGCCGGCGCCUGCAUGACAAUAACAGAGAUACUGGAUAGAUAGGUGGUGGGUGUGCCAUGUAUAGGCUAGUUCUUCGUCGAAUCGUCCUCCUCCCGAUUCUUGACUUCUUGGCUCUUGCCGCUGCGCUGUUUCUUGCUGGGGUCCCCUUGUAGCUGUAGCCUUCUUGGCUUCCAUUGUUCACCAGAAAACUGGAAGUGUUUUUUUUUCCCGCGGUGACGUCCGCAGAAUUUGUCGUCUCGC